AUGGUCAUCAAUGAGACGCGGAAACGCCUGCUCAGGCAGCUGAACAGCAGGUAUAUCUACGGGAGAUAUGUACGUCCUCUCCCUUCAACACACCAGCGGACAAGGCACAGUCUGCUGACAUACACGCCUAGCCACUCCUCCAUGCAAUCAUCGCCCUAAUACAAAUCACCAUGGUCUCGAUCCUCGUGCGCAAGUUCAACGCCUACUAUGCCAACAGGCCGGUGCUCACCACCAUGAUCACCAACGCCGUACGUCUAUACCAUAUCCUCGACAGAAAGAGCACGUGUCACUGACGAUGGAUGUACACAGGUCCUGGGAGGCAUAGCAGACACCGUUGCGCAAACCCUCACAGCGGUGCGCAUGCGCCAACGACAAAAACAAUUGCGCAACGAAGACGAUGCAGAAAGCAAUUUGCUCUCGAUCGAAAUUCACGAGCUGGACCGCAAAGUCCCCUGGCCGGACCAGGACGACUACCGCAGCGUCACCCGCCGUGGCCCACCGCCCUUCGACUUCGAGCGCCUGACCCGCUUCAUGGCGUACGGGUUCAUGAUGGCGCCAAUACAACACAAAUGGUUCGGAUGGCUGAGUCGACUGUUCCCCAUAGAAGGAGGAAAGGGAACCACCAAUGCGCUGAGGAGGGUAGCCUUCGACCAGUUUCUGUUUGCGCCAUGCGGUCUGGCGGCGUUCUUCACCUUCAUGACGGUCGCAGAGGGAGGCGGAAAGAGAGCAGUGACGAAGAAAUUCCAGGAUGUAUAUCUGCCUGCGCUCAAGGCAAACUUCUUGGUGUGGCCUCUGGUGCAGGUCUUGAACUUCCGCGUGAUUCCGAUUCAGUUCCAGAUUGUGAGUAUCAACCAUCGGUCGAACGAAGGAUGGAUGGAACGAAGCACUAACACUUUGAUCACAGCCCUUCGUAUCGACAAUCGGCAUCUUCUGGACGGCGUAUCUGUCACUCACCAACUCAUCGGAUGAGCCAGUCGUGAGCCCAGACGAACGCUCUCCGGGCCGCUCACCUGCGCGAUCUCCCGCAUGA